AUGUCUCCACGAAUUCCUCGAACAGACGUGCUAAAAACAGUUCGGGCUUUAUCGUUUCUCGAUCUCGCAUUACCAUUUACGAUAAUUCUAUCUAUAAUCUUUGGUGUGGUCAUUUCAGUGUAUGUCCCAUCCUCCCGUGGCACAUUUGACCCGACUAAUCAUGCCAGUUUUGUUGGAGUUUCGAUACCUUUAACGGUGGGGAUGAUUAUAAUGAUGAUACCGCCGAUUUGUAAAGUUUCCUGGGAGUCCAUUCAUAAGUAUAUGGUUUUACGUUACGUUAGGAAACAAAUUUUCAUAUCUCUUGUUUUGAACUGGAUAUUUGGACCUCUGAUCAUGACGGCCUUGGCAUGGAUGGUUUUGUUUAAGUUCGAAGAAUAUCGUCAGGGUAUCAUUAUGAUUGGCAUAGCAAGAUGCAUAGCUAUGGUGCUAAUAUGGAAUCAAAUUGCCGGAGGAGAUAAUGAUCUUUGCGUUAUUUUAGUGGUUAUCAACUCUUUUCUACAGAUAGUUCUUUAUGCCCCAUUACAGAUACUGUACUGUUAUGUUAUAUCAAAUGACCGGCUUGUUGUCUCUGAUGGCAAGAUGUAUGAGGAGGCCGCCAAAUCUGUCGGGGUAUUUCUCGGUAUUCCUUUAGGGAUCGGAAUUUCUAUUCGUUUGAUAUUUAUAUUCACCAUGGGCAAGGAGAAAUACGAGAGGAACGUUUUGAAAUUCAUUUCUCCUUGGGCAAUGAUUGGUUUUCAUUAUACCUUACUUGUAAUCUUCAUUAGCAGAGGCUACGAUUUUAUUCAUCAAAUCGGACAAGCGGUAUUGUGCUUUGUUCCUUUGAUACUUUAUUUUCUGAUUACUUGGUUUAUGACAUUCGGAAUAAUGAGGCUAUUAUCUCGGAGAACGGCACUCGAGAAAGAAUGUCCUUGCGAUCAAGAAGUACUUAUAAAGAAAAAGAUCUGGGGGAAGAGAACCUGUGCCGCCAGUUAUCCAAUAACCAUGACACAAUGCUUUACCAUGGCUUCCAACAACUUUGAAUUAUCAUUGGCAGUUGCGAUUUCAAUGUACGGCAAUAAUAGCAAGCAGGCAAUUGCAGCAACAUUUGGACCUUUGUUGGAAGUCCCAGUUUUGCUAGUCUUGGCAAUUUUUUCUAAACUUUUUAGAAACCUCUUCAUCUGGGAAACAGAAAAUGAUCUACCCCAUGAUGAUAUAUAA